GGUAAGAAUUUUUUGCUAAUACCUACAGCUUUGUCUGUCUUCAUUGUGUACAAAACUUGGUCAAGCUCCGCGUUGAACAAGCUUUAGCCGGAGAGUCUGACUCCGUUGUGCUCUACCGCCUUUCUGCUCUCUUCAUGUUUUAUGCGGAAAAGAUCACACCACAAAUUGGAGCAGAUUCAGAAUUGGCGCGUACCGUUGAAGAGCUCAACCAGCUAACACUCAACAUCUUUUACAGUGGUUUGACUGGUGCCGUACAGAAGAUACUAUCCAAGAUGGGUGCGCCAGAUUACGAUUUGCUUCCCGUGCCAGCUGUUCAUCAAGUUCUUAUGCUUUUGAGAGACGUACUUGAUACCCAUGAUGGCGCAAUGGCUCCACGUCAGAAUGCAGCAGAAGAGUAAGUUCGUUCGUUUUAAUCGAGACACUAUAAGUGACGCGUUAAUCUUUCGAAAGUUUUUUUUUCAGAUU